AAGGAAUUUCACGGUGAGUUCUUCUUCUGUUAUGUUCUUCCCAAUCACUUCGCCACCCACAAAUUUGUCGACACUUUGCAAUCGCAGAAAUAGGUCGAUAUCGAUCACUUUGGCUAUUUUAGAUUCUCGUUAAUGCAACUAACACAAAUAAGCCUGGCAGUGGUCCAAAUCACUUCUACACUCGAAAACAUUCACGUUUUCCAGUACGAACGAAAACAAAAGCCUCUUCUGUUCGCAUUUACACCCUAUUAAAAAAAAAAUGGAAAGAGGGCCGUAUUAUCGAUCAUCUGUAAGAAGCAGAGGUAGUAGCAACAGCAGAUAUUCUUCGAACAGCGAUGUGGACACCAAGACCAAAAUGAAGGAUUGUUGUCGAAAAACUGUUGCGUUUAUGUGUUCCCAAGUGGGUGUUAUCGGUUUGAUUGUGGGUUAUACCUUGAUCGGUGCUUUGUGCUUCAUGAAAAUCGAACUUGCGGGACCAGAUACGAACUACUACAAAGGCCAGGCACUGAAGAAGGAAUGUUCGCAGAAAAUGUGGUUAGUAGCUAGUUUUCACAACGUUUUCAACAAGACAGCUUUCGUCUCCGAUUCUAACAAAGUCUUGGAGGACUAUCAGAAGCAACUGGUCAUCUUGAUCAAGAACAAUUACACCGGAAGGAAGUUAAAAAGUUUGUGGACGUUCCCAGCAGCUCUAAUGUUCUCUCUAAGCGCAAUCACGAUGAUUGGCUACGGUGACAUCGCUCCAAAAACAGUCUGGGGUAAAAUUUGUACCGUUGUUUACACCGUGUUUGGGAUUCCUCUGUACGUUCUGUACUUUCUAAACGUCGGCAAAGGCUUGGCGGGCGUUUUCAAAUGGAUCUACGUAUGGUUUGUGCGAUGCAGUUCACCACAGGACGAAAAUCAACCCUCCAAAAGGAUCUUGGUGCCUUCCACUGCGUGCUUGUGGGUCAUCAGCGGUUACAUCCUGUUUGGUACAGUAAUGUUCGCUCAGUGGGAGAAAUGGAGCUUUUUGGACAGCAGUUACUUCUGCAUCACUAGUUUAUGCAAGCUCGGUUUUGGAGAUUUAGUACCUGGAAAUUUAUCCUCAAAGACAGGGAGCCAGUUGAGGCUGGUUAUGAACUAUUUUUACAUGUUUUUCGGACAAGGUUUAGUGGCUAUGUGUUACCAUUUGAUGAGCGAAGAAGUCAGGAUCAAAAUGAAGGAGAUGAGUGAAGACUUUCAUCAAUGUCUCAGAGACACGCAGGAAAAGUUGAACUCUUGUUUUAGACGAAAAAGGACGGAGGAAUCGAUGUAUUAUCUGUGAUUAUUAAACGUUUUCUUAGAAA